AAACAUAGCAAUUUAAUUGCACCUGUAAAACAUAUUACUCCGCCGAAGAAAAUAAAUCCAUAAGUGUAUAAAUAUACCUGAACGCGGCAAUAUUGAACGUAAGGAGCUGUUUCACUAACAAAAGUAUAAAAGUUAUUAAGGGUUGGAGUUGCUGCAACAGAUAUCUCAAUUUUAAAUUUUAUCAUUUGAUAUAUUUAUUUCAAGAUGAAAUUUUCUGAGACAUUUGGCGAAAUGAUAGCUCACUUUUUGAUAAUGAUUGAAAUUGUUCGAGGGAUGACCAUCAACCAGAAAUGCCAGACACCAAUCAAUAUAUUAAGCGCUAAAGGAGCUUACAUCGAACCUUUACAGAAAAGCAGAGUUAGGAUAGACUCAUUAAAGAAACCAUUUGGAAAUGGGCAUGCAUUGAGUUUUGAUUUUAAAACGACGUCCUUAAGUGGUGUUUUAUUUUACUUGAACAAUGCAAAUACCAAAGAAUUUGUUGGAGUUGAGAUAGCAUCCGGUUUUUUGACCUAUCAUAUAAAAUGUCGUCGUCUGGAAGCCGUGUUGACAGUAGCAGCUGCAAAGGUCGACGACGGAAAAUGGCAUAGUAUUGUGUAUAGACGGAAGAGGAAACGUGGACGUUUGAUUGUUGAUGGGAAGCAUUAUUUCCAGAACUAUAGAAUAGCCUGUGAUAAUGAAGGAUUUGCCUCUAUGACAUUGGGUGGUAUUCAUCCUGUUGAUAUUGAUUUCGUGGAUAGUUUCGAGGGUAAAACUGGACAUUUUGAAGGUUGUAUCAAGAAUGUAGACAACACAGCUGGUAUACUGACUUUACCUAAAUACACGGGUGUUUCCGAAUGUGAGUAAUCCCGAUGUAAAUCGAAAUGAGAUUUGAAUGAUUAUCUCAAAUAAUGUGUUCAGAGGCAAUGAUCUCACUAGUAAAACAAAUCUACUCUUCGUUUUUUCCCUUUUUGUCGUACUAUGCUGCUUAGAGUAAGAGACAAUAUAAAGGAUGAGUUUUUACAAGAGUGUUAUUCAAUAUGGAAUAAACGGAGGAACAAAGGCAAACGUAUACGAGAUCUUAUAGUGGACAAUUGAAAGAUACAAUGUGACAUGACAUGUUUUCUGCAACUAGUUUAUAUUAAAAUACCAUGUGCAUAAUAAUUGUCAGCGUAAACAGCUAUUUAUCCAUCUGCAUUUACAUUUAUAAGAUAGAUUUUGGUGCCGAUAAUUCAUAACAUACCGAACUUGUAUAAUACAGCCUCUGACAAUCCGGUUACAGUAUUUGCAAAACGCUGCAAAACAUUUUAUUUUCAAUGAUAUUCAUUGUUUAUUUUUACUGCAGCAUUUCUAUGAUAAUCAAUCAUUGCAAUUCAUAAAAUCAUCAUUAUUUUUAAUUCGAUUGAUAAUUGUGCGUUCUGCAUGUGCAAACUUAAGUUUAUGUCAUUUCUAUGUAACAGUCUUUGACAUCUGUGUUAGAUAUAAAACUGUCCUUAAGCACAUUUGGAAGGGGGAUCACCGGCAUAGAGGUAAUUUUUUAUCGGAAAUCGAGUUGUACUAUUACAUAGAUAUUUAACCGCUAACUUACGUAGGAUCAUAAAGAUUGUUGAAAGCCUACGUCGAUUUAUAGAAUUCCAAACAGUAUCAUAUCAUCAUAUACUCUUUCGUUUUCGGUGCGCAUGAUACGUAUUUCCUCAAACAACGCCUAUAAUGUACGGUACUCCCCAGAUCAAAUUUGCGGGAAGCCUCAUAUAAAAAAGUUGAAGAAUCGAACCCAAAAAAAAAACCCAGAUCAAACAGCAUUAAAUUAGCAUGUCUUCAAAUUUUGCCUGAUGCUUUUUUGUACAAUUGCAUAAUUUAUAAACUGAAAGAAGGAGGUAAAAUAAAAGCCUGUAGUUGCCCCAUAACAUGACAAAAAUAUUAAAUUCUUCAAUCCUGUCAAAACAUUUUGAUUUUACUGACGAAUGAAUGUGACGAAAAAGUCUGAUCACUUUAGUGCAGAAACGUUAUAUGUGAUGUCACUGUUGGGUCACUUACAUGUCAAAAUCGACGUAUUUGACACAAAAUGUCCAUUUUACACAUAGUUAUCAUCAGCACCAGCCUUACACAAAAAAGUAUUUUACUCACAGUAACAUCUUUGUAUGGGACAUCAUGCAGCUACAUGUGACGUUUUUGUGACUAAAACUGUUGAUGAUAUUUAAAUGCAAAAGCAAGAUCAUCGGACAGUUUUGACUUAAAUACAAAUAGUUUGAAAGCAUAAGCAAAUACGUAUGACAAUCCAUAAACUUAAACACUCGUAUCUGAUAGUCUUGUAUCUCUUAAACAAUUUCAAGGGGUCAAAUUUAUCGUUAUUCGAUUUGAUGUUUUGAUAUACCAACUAUAGCUGAACGGGUCCCUGUCGUCACGCUGGGUACUAUAAGAACGUACCCUGGGUAGAUUUUAUGUUAUGAAAACUACGCAUGUCGAAAUAAAAGUAUUUAGGGGUACCCAGAUUAACCCACCACCUUAAAAGCGUACUCAAAUUGAAUAUAAAGUAAUUGUUUUCGGAAUAGUUUGGUAUGUUGAUAAUACUGUACUCAUAUACUUACAUCUUCCUCAUUAUGGCGUUUGUAUCGAAAGUAAACGAAAAUGAUAUAAAGGGUACUUUCUUAUGGAAUCCUGGUCGACAAUGACCUGUUUAGCCCAACUAUGGUAUGAUGACUCUUGAGAUUGGAAAAAUGUAUAGAUGUGUAUUAACCAAUCAUAAUAACAGAGUAACAUUUUGAUCUAUUAUGAAUUGAACUCAAUGUCGGCAUUGCCUAAAAUGUUAAAAUGGAAUAUGUUUGUAUAGUUGUUAUCUUUGUUAUAAUUUAAGCUUUUGAUGUUUGUUUGUGUUACUUUGAUUAAUAAAGAAUUGUUGUUGACAUUUAUAA